UUGUUGCUUCCUUCUCAUAAAUCCACCACAUUUUUGCUCCAUUCUCUCACAUUUCCCUCUUCAGAUUCUCACAUUUUUCUAUUAGGCUAAAUGGGGAGGUUCAAGCCUCAAGCUUUGUUGCAACAAAGCAAAAGAAAGAAGGGACCUUAUCACAUGAAUCCAAUGCCUUUGAUGUUUUACUUUUUGAUUCUUGUCAUAUUUGUGUUUUUCCUCUUUGCUACAUUCAGAUACUGGUCCAUUCGACUCGAGAAGAACCAGGCAUCAGUCUUUGAGGAUGAAAAUCUUUCUGUGGAAUCCAAGAAAUCUGAUCUACCUGGAUAUGCUGUUUUUAGAACAUCUAAAGGUUCUAUAAUAAUGGAACUUUACAAGGAAAGUGUUCCUGAAGUUGUUGAUGAAUUCAUUGAUUUAUGUCAAAAGGGACACUUCAAGGGGAUGCUUUUCCACCAAGUAAUUAAGCACUAUGUUAUUCAAGCAAGUCAUAACAAAGGGACAGGAUCUACAGAUGAUUGGAACAUGAGAGGGAAGAAAUAUACAAGUAUGAAACACGAAGCGUUCAUGCUUGGAACUUCCAAGGGCAAAUACAUCAACAAAGGAUUUGAUAUUUUCAUCACGACGGCACCAAUACCCGAUCUAAACGAGAAACUUAUUAUUUUCGGUCGGGUCGUAAAGGGAGAGGAUGUAGUUCAGGAAAUUGAAGAAGUGGAUACUGAUGAACAUUAUCAACCAAAACUUUCUAUUGGCAUAAUUGAUGUAGAUCUUAGACAAAUGAUGUGAAAGAUCUCUAUCUGAAUCAAUAGCUCAACAACUCAUAAUUCUUUUAAUCAUGUACCUUGUGUUUUUUCAAUUUAUAGCCAUUUUAGGUAUAUGCCGAAAAUGAUUGGCUUUGUAAUCUAUUUUUGUAAUUCUUUAAUGAGGCUGAAUUCACAUUUUUCAUUUAAAAUAAAAUAAAAAUGUAUUUCCUCUUUUUCUA